CUCCACUGUUAAAAGUGACGUGAGCGUAGUAGGUUGAGUUUUCUACGUCCCGCCAUCGUUUCGUGUGGAGCAUUGCACACUAUGCUUAUUUUCUUGUUUCAAUUCUAACUUCCGAUCUAUUGAUAACGCACAAGUAACCACGGUCCAGCGGGCAAAUUGCACUACGUGAAGGGACAAAAUAUCAACGAAAGAAUAGGAUCUUCUACAUAGUUUUGUGUCUGUUGUUCCAGUUAAUGUGUCUGCUUGUUUGUGGCAGUACAGAAUCAGAAAUUGUGGCUGUUGCAGCGUUUCGGUCAAUUGGAUAAGCAUUUGUUCCUUGCUGCUUCGGUUUGUGGAGACAAAUAUCCCAUAAGUGAUAUUAAAUUGUUUUCCAUUGUGCAGUUUGUAGCUUUAUUUAUCCACUUAUAGCAACUAAAAAUUAUACAAGUGGUUGGGAAGAAAUCUACUGUAACAGUGAAAUAUGAAAUAUCAGUGCGAACGCAUCAAAUUUCUGUAAUAGCAGUGCUUUCGCCUGAACCGGUGGAGGUGUCUAGUCAAAGCAGGUGAAAAGGUGUUAAGAAGGGAAUUGAAAAUUAGCUUCCUACAAAUCGUUUUCGGUAUCAAGGGUUCGUGUAAAAAGGUAUUAAGGUGAAAUUGUGAAGUGAAUCGUGAAAAGGGAAAUACUUCAACUGGCAGAAAGUUGUGAAGCAAGCGCUGAAAACCCACCUUCGUCUUCGUCGUGGUAGUUGAUACGUAUUGCAAUUUGGGAUUUGUUAAGUAACUACAUAACAUAUCCUACGCUCCCGACAGUAUUUACAUCAACUCGGGAUUUAUUGAAUCAACAUCAUCAGCACCCAAGGUUUCUCUGGAGACUUCCGGAUGGAAAAUAGCCAUUUCUCGAUGAGUUCUUGGCCGAUUCCGGAUCUUGAUGAACCGCUUCAAAAAUGGUUUUGACAUCUAUGCCAAUGAUGCAAAUAAGCAUUUUAAUAAGAUUGUGACAGCUAACUAUGUCGGGUCAACAGAAACAUCGAAUCCAGGUUCCAGAUGGAUUACGCGACGUGCUGCUGGAAUUUUCAAUAGCGUACCUUUUGGAACAGCCGGGAGAUGUGAUCGAUUACGCGGUGGAGUUUUUCUCCAAACUGCAGGAAAACCGGAAAACCACCAUGAUCACAUCGAACGAACCCGUUUCGCCGGACGAAAGCAUAAUGUCACACGAAGAAGAACCCCUAGUGAAUCGGUACGCCUCACGCAGGAAAUCAGUGUUUGCGGAAACAUACGAUCCAGAAAACGAUGAUGACGAUGAUGGUGCAAGAGCAAUAUUCCCUAAGACGGACGAGCAACGGGCGCGAUUGUGCGACUCAGUCAAAAACAUUCUGUUGUUCCGGUCGUUAGAUAAGGAACAGAUGAACGAAGUGCUGGAUGCCAUGUUCGAAAAGAAAGUCAAAGCGAAAGAUUAUAUUAUAAAACAAGGCGAUGAUGGAGAUAACUUCUACGUCAUUGAGUCAGGAGUUUAUAAAGCAUACGUUGGAGAGGACCAGAAGCACAUACACACGUACGAAAAUAGCGGCAGUUUUGGUGAAUUAGCUUUGUUAUAUAACAUGCCAAGAGCUGCUACGAUUCAAGCUGAAACGGAAGGUCAAUUGUGGGCGAUGGAUCGCCAGACCUUCCGAAGAAUACUGCUAAAAUCUGCCUUUAGGAAACGAAAGAUGUACGAAGCACUUCUCGAUGCAGUUCCGAUGUUGAAAACAUUACAGAAUUACGAGCGUAUGAACCUGGCUGAUGCUCUUAUACCUCAAACUUACUCGAAGGGCGAAAGAAUAAUCAAACAAGGUGAUGUUGCCGACGGGAUGUAUUUCAUUGAGGAUGGCAAGGUUUCGAUUCGUAUCCAACAGGAUGUCGGUGAGGUUGAAAUUUCAAAUUUGGAAAAGGGACAGUACUUCGGAGAGCUGGCACUGGUGACUCAUCGACCACGGGCAGCUUCGGCGUACGCCGUGGAUAACGUAAAGGUGGCAUUUCUACAAACGGACUGUUUUGAGCGGCUUUUGGGGAAAUUGUCUGAUGUCAUGUUAAGGGGUAUGAAACACUACCGUUAUGUAGAUGAUUCCGCCUGGAGAAUGAUACUGGAAGCGUGCAAGGAGGAAAAUUGUGUCCUGGAUAGCAGAAGCAGUUUUACUUUAUCCAAUCGAAAUGUUUGAUGAUAUAACAGCAAAGUUGCUACACACAACUAAUCGUUUUUCAUUUCAUAUUGACAUAUACCACUCACGAAAUUAUAGAUUUGAAAAGCUCUAUUGUUGUUCAGGGUAUAUGUUGCCUCGUGUUGGCUGAAAUAUUUUUAAAUCAGCCUCUGCAAUUAAAAGAAAAUCCCAUCGACAAGUUUUUAUUCUGUUGUCAAAAUCUUUGCUAAGUGAAAGUAGAAAAGUAAACUCAACAACUUCGAAUAGCUUAGUAAAGUUAUCCCUGCAAUCACAAACGUUCGCUUUCCUCUUACAUCUCGUGCUCGAAGUACAACAGGUUGCCAAAUUUUCUGUCCCUAGGAGCACAAAAAGCUCUUCUUACCAAGCGAAUUGAGUUACAAAAUCGUCAUUUAUUCACUUAUGGUUUCCCCCAAUGACUCGCACCUGCUUAUAUUGUAAUGUGGAUUUUAUUUCGUUUAGCUUUAUUUGCUAGCAUAUCACUGGAUGCUGAAUUUAUUUCAGUUUGCCGGUCGAAGUAAAUAAUGAUAAAUUAUGUCUAGGCCUGUCUAUUUAUCGCUUUCGUUGGAAGAAGAAAAUGAAUGUUGAAGGGGGAGAAAUCUAUAGUUGGUUAGAUGAAUGAGAUAAGCAGAUCGACGACAAAGGCGGGAAAAUGGAAAAGCCAGCCAGUCCCACCUUAACAUUAAGUUAGGUUUCGCAUUGUUAUCUUGCACAGAAGAAAGAAACGUUCUUUUCAAUCGUACAUUCCUCAAUAAGUGCACCAACUUCUUUGGGUCGAUUUUCUUCAAUGAAUCAAGCCAAGUUAUUUAUUAUUCUAUUGAAACAUUAAAAUUAUACUGGUCGAAAUAUUCGAAAAAAAUUGCCCUAGAGCUCAAACUGGAAGAAACGUUAUUGCUUUUUAACCAUUCCUGUGAAUUGUGGUGCCCCUAGCAAGUUCGGAAGUGCGUAAAGUCUUAAAGGACUUGAAUGCACUUCUCCCGUAAGCAAACAUAGAAGCAACGAAUUUGGCGAGCAAUUACUCUGCGGCCUUUGACGUACUUUCAAACUUGCUAAGGUCAUUAAAGCUCGGUUAAAAAAGCUAUUAUCCUUCAUAUUUUUCCAAUUUGAGUUCUGAGACAAAACGUGUUGACCAGUAUUAUAAGUGUCAUCAAGUGCCAACACGGCCUUUACAAUGACAUGAAUUAUUGUUCAAAUUAUUGGCUAUCUCAUAAUUGAUUCAAAAAUGGUGAGUUUUAUCAAACAUUUAUAGAAAUAUUUAAAAUUGAAUGUACAAAAAAAUCAGGGGCGACUCGUGGCUGUUGAACCUACCUGUUCAACUAGAAAAUCUGAAAAUCAGAGUUUGGGGAAGUAAUUACAUUUUUAUCCGCGAAUAAAAGCAAGUAAUUCCCUUUGUUACUAUUUAAAAAUAAAACUAAAAAAUAAGAAAAUAAGAGCAUUAAUUUGGAUUUAAGAUUCAUAUUUUGCCUGACGUCACCAUGUGCAUUGCACGGGUUGCACCUAUGGACGAGUCGCCCCUGAAAAAAAUUAAGGAGCUAUCAAAAAUCAAUUAAAUAAUUCGCAUAAAAGCAACAUUAAUACUACUGAAAACAAAAACACAGAUUAAUACUACUGAAACAAUGCACAGAAUAAUUUCAAGGCCAACUACGCGACGAUCCCAUUACCUUUAACGAUACAUCCAGCUUCUAUCCCGAGACCAAUUAAAAAAAUAUUAAGAAAAAAGUUCUGUUAUCAACACAGGCAUUUUAAAAUGACCUUUUUAAUUUACCUACUAGAGUGCUCAUUAUUUAUUAUCAAAAAGUUUUAGGUUAGCUAAUAAACUUUCACUCAAAAAAUAAAGCUGGUAACCGCGAGGUUACAUAGUCCGUCGAAGCAGAUGGUCGAGAGUUCGAAUCUUAGUUUUAGUAGCAGGCCAUUUUUGGUUAUUAAAGGACUUUAGCAUGAAUUAUUCUCACCCUAUAUAUAACUGCGCUUGGUCCGAAUUUGUUUGGUUUCUUACGAUGGGAAAAAGAACAUUUCUCGCGUAACUUGUCUAAACGACCUAAGUAACAAUGAGCGAUUCUCUCCUCUCUUACUCUGUUUCGUCAAUUACAGUGUCAUUAUAAAAGCUUUCAACGAUUUCUUGCCAUAAACGAAAGGCUGUAGUAUUGCCUAGCUUACAAGGCAAAGAGUAUCAUGAAGUAUGUAAAAAUAACUGAAGUGAUAAUCAAAGAGAAAGUGAACAAAGAGGGUCUCUCAAUGUUACUUAGGUCCUUUUGAAAAGUUACGCGAGAUUUAUAUGCUUCUGAGCUAGGGGAGCUUCGUAGCCGCAAGGUUACAGAGUCCGCUUUGAUACUUGAGUGGUCGUGGGUUCGAAUCUUAGUAGAAUCAGGCCAUUUGGUUGUCAAAGGACUUUAACAUGGGUUUAUUCUCAGGCUCUCCACUACAUACCCUUCCUUCAAGCUGAAUUCUAUAGUACCCUUGCUGACUUUGAUCUUAGUAAAAAAGUCCCUUUUAUAAUAAAACUGUUCUGAGUAACGUAUCGUAGUUCUCUUCAGGGAAUUGUAAUUAUGGUGCGAUCUUGGCUGGGGAAACGAGGUUUCGAUAAGACUCCUUCCUCUUGACAAAAUAUAAGUCCUACUUAUAAUAAAGCUGACCAGAGGUGAAGCAUUGAGUGCCUCUUCAGGGAAUUGUGAUUGUGACGCGGUGUUGGUAGGAGGAACGAGGUUUCGAUAAGACUGACAAAAUAAAGUCCUUCUCAUAAUAAAACUGAUCUCAAGAAUAUUUAUCCUCUACAGGGAAUUGUAAUUGGCGAUAUUGGCACGAGGAACGAGGUU